CAACGAUUCUUCAACUUUUAUUGAGUAUCGACAUUCUUGAGAUUCCUCGCUGCUUUCAACGGCAUCAAAUGCGAUCUACACUCUGAUUCGAGCGCGUUUAGGAGCGCCUUUCCUUUACUCCCUUUUCUUCCGACUCAGCACGCGGGUGCAUUGUACUGCUUCUUGCUUUGGCUUCUCACUUAAAACAGCGUAAUGGAUAGCAAUGGUGAUGGCCAAACCUAUACUUUCGCGAAUGGUGGCGCUGCCUCAUGGAAUCCCGCCUUCAGACCCAACUCUAACAGGUCUCCUUUACCGGGCAUGAAUGGCGAAAUCCUGGGAAUCAAAAGUCAAACUGCGCCAACGAGCUCAAACACCAUCGGGACUGCGGAGGAAUAUACAAGAUCGAAGGAGGAUGUGCAUUAUCCCCAGCCUGUGGUCGAGCAGCACGCCAUUGCCGAGACUGCCGAUGUCGAUUUCUUCGAUCGCAACGAUUCGACCGCCGAGACAACUUCGACCAUUCCUUCAAUAACCCAGGAAAGCACUACUAAGGAUGAGGAUGCAUCUGAUUUGAAUAUCGAGGGCGACGGCGACGGCGAUCGCGGUGUGUCUGCAAAUCACACGUUGUCCGAAGACCGAGGCGCGCCGGCUGUCUCUUCGGAUACACCUGCGGAGCCGUGGCCAGAAAGCGUCGGGCAAGAACCUUUGGAGGAUAUUGCAUCUCGUUAUACGGAAGACAGCGAUGUGCCCCAACCCAAACCGACGGCGCCGUACGAACCCCAAGGUCAAUCAACAUUUCUAGCAGACGCGGUUGCUGAAGACCCCCAAAUGCCUCUUGUUGCGGCAGACGCGGAAGAAUCAACAAUCGAUUGGGGGAAUGCAACGGAUAACUUCCUUGGAGACGAACCGGCAGGUUUAUCCUCAGGUGUGGAUGCCGCGGAAGACCCCCAAAUGCCUCUUGUUGCGGCAGACGUGGAAGAAUCAACCAUCGAUUGGGGGAAUACGACAGAUGACUUCCUUGGAGACGAACCGGCAGGACUAUCCUCAGGCGUGGAUGCCGCCGUGGUGGAUCAUGCGAUCUCGUCCGACGAUGCUCAUGCUGGCAUUCACAGCUCAGAGCUUGAACCACAGAUCAAUACUUCUUCAGCAGUUGGAGAGCAACUUCCCCUUGAGCAGAAUAUGGCAUCCGAUAGUCAUGAACAGACGACAGAUUUCUUUGGGACCUUAGCGGACGAAAAGCUUGAGGGGAAGACGCAGCCUGAAGACGACUUUUUCGGGCAGGACCAGACUAAAUCCACAGGCGCCGAUGACUUCUUCUCCUCCGAUAUUACUCAAGAUUCCGGUGCGGACUUCUUUGCUCAGCCGAAGAUGGAUACAGGCAUACUUAAGGAAACCUCCGAACCUCAACCCCAGAAACCGGAGGACGAAACAAAGGCGCUUUGGGAUGAGACCCUUGGCAAUGAUGAUUUCCUCGAAGAGAACGGCGAAUCCGGGUUCUUCCUCGAUGAGGAUGAUGAGGGAUUCUUAGAAGACGUCACAGAAGGGUCUGCUCUCCCAGCAGAUGCUACUCAGCCAAUUACUUCCCAGCCAGCUACUCCAUUUACAGAUGGAUUAGGCAUAACUGGGAAUCGGUAUGCUCCGCAGGAUGCCCAGCAACAGCCGCCCCAGCAACCCCAAGCCCCGAACAACCUCUACACACCUCAAGCUCCCAAUUUUACCGACCUGUCCUCGAAAGCCCCGGCAUCCCAGCCGUCAAUCGCCCAAUCGCAGACUGCACCUCAACCCUCAUAUGGAGCGGUCUAUGGGCAGACUUAUCAACCGCCUCCCGCCCUUCCCAGCCAACCGGCCGCAGCCGUAAGCUUUGUUGACAAGUCAAGGGGAGGCUAUGCAUCGCCGUUCGACUUGCCCGAGGACAUACCAGUACGUCGACGGAGACCGAUGGCUUCCCCUGCGCCACCAGCCGGUGUCCACCCAACGGCCCCCCCUCCCCGAACUAGCAGUAUAGGGACAAGUUCAAUGCCAGCACCGCCAGCGAUGGACCAACCAUCCAAUCUCCCUCCUCCCGGUUUCCCGACCCCCCCGUCGUCCAGCUCAGCCCAGUUCCCACCUCGAACUUCCACCACUCAAGAUCGACCCGCAUCCUCGGCGUCGGCCGGCAAGACGAGCUUCUUCGAGGAUUUGCCGGUGGUCUCGCGUCCACGCUACAGCCCUCGUCCGCCCCAGAGCUCGAGUCCCUAUCAAAUGCAGCCUGGAAAUGCGGCGCAAGGCUCUUUACCGACAGCUCCUCCACAGAAUAUGCCGCCCACGGCUCCUCCACAGAAUAUGGUGCAGCCCAUGGCUCCCCCCCCCCCUCCGAGUUCUACAAUGGAUUUUACAGCUCAACUUCAGCGGCCGGAAAUGGCUUCACCAUACGCCGACCUUGAUUCAAGCCAACCACGGGCCCCUCCCCAUGUCCCUCAAACAACGCGAUACUCGCCCACAAGCACGGCUCCGGCGCCAAAGCGGUACUCCCCUACGCCGCCUGUUCCCGCUCUACAACCAGGCGGACUUGCUCCAGCUUCGGCACCCCCAGUUCCCCAAACAGCGCAAAAUCGCUAUGUGUCCGCGCCUCGAUCGGUCACUCAGUUUGCCCCCCGCACCUCAAGUCCACUCGCUCACCAUAGCGCCGCACCCGAAGUCCAAACACAGCACACGCAGGAACCGCUCCGGCCACUCCCGGCGAAUCACACGGCCAGUUUUCCUGUCAGGUCCGAUGCACCAGUCACCCAAGCCCCCCCCUUCGCCCCACCGCGCAGGUCCUUGACCCAGUCUCCUGGAUCUACCAUGAAAGGACCGAAACCCGCGCCUGUUACUACUGAGAGGCCUGCUUCGGCACUCGAGCCACUGUCGCCGACUUUUGCGGAGAAGCCACCGUCCAUGCAUCUAGGUCGCAGACGAGGGUUCACGUUGCAUGAGGAUUUCAUUGAACCGCAAGACGACAGGGUAGCUGAUCCGCUGCAACGCUGGAAGGGUUAUCCUGUAUUUGCAUGGGGGAUGGGAGGGACCUGUGUCUCCUCGUUCCCUGUCCAGAUCCCACGGUAUGGUGCUGGUCAUGCCACUCCCAUGAUUAAAUGCGCGCUUGGAGAGGUCAAAACGAAGCAUGUGGAGGAUGUCCUGCCGCUACCCGAUCGCUUAGCCAAAUUUCCUGGGCCGCUCAAGAAAAAUAAAAAGAAAGAAGUGCUGGCGUGGCUCAAGGCUGGUACCGAUGCGAUGGACAAUGAGAUGCGGUCGAUGGGCGUCGAAAUGCAAUUGGGCGCCGACGGUAUCACGAAGAUGAACGAGAAGAUCCUCUUAUGGCGGCUCCUUGGCUUACUCGUCGAGCACGACGGUGUCCUCGAAGGGACCCCAGCCGUCGAACAAGCGACACGAAAACUGUUCACCACAGAAAACGUCAGCACCGCAGAUGUGGCCACGCCUUACGGCAUGAGGCCCGAGUCAUCCGAGGCGCCUCGUUCAGGACCCGUGUUGGCCGAGUCGGCCGACUCCAAGGCGUUGUCAACGCUCCGGAAAUUCCUAGCGACGGGCGAACGGGACAAGGCGGUCUGGUACGCCGUGGACCAACGUCUCUGGGGCCAUGCGAUGAUCAUCUCCUCGGCUCUGAGCCGCGAUCUGUGGAAGCAGGUCGUACAGGAGUUCGUGCGAAAAGAGGUGCAGAAGGCGGGUCCCGGUAAUGAAGCCCUUGGCGCCCUCUACGAAACGUUCGCGGGCAACUGGGAUGAAAGCGUGGAUGAGCUCGUGCCGAUGUCUGCUCGAGCGGGAUUCCAGAUGGUCUCUAAAUCGGAGUCAACUGGCGCCACCCGUAAUCGCUUGGCCGGGCUAGACAAGUGGCAAGAAACCCUCCUCCUGAUCCUCAACAACCGUACUCAAGGCGACCCUCAAGCCCUCCUGGGACUGGGUAAGCUGUUGAUUGGGUAUGGUCGAGUAGAAGCUGCCCAUAUUUGUUUCCUGUUCGCCAAAUCUCUGACAUAUAUUGGCGGCUCGGACGAUCCGCGAGCACAACUUACUCUCGUCGGCUCAGACGCACACGUGCAUGAAGCUAGCUUUGGGCACGAUUUGGAGUCGAUUAUGCUGACAGAAGUAUACGAGUUCUCAUUGUCGUUGACGCCUCAAGCUCAAACCUUACCUCAUUUGCAAGCGUACAAGCUGCACCACGCGCUGGUGCUUGCAGAGAGUGGGCAUCGAAAUGAGGCACAGCAGUAUUGCGACGCAAUCACGGCGAUAAUAUCGUCGAAGACGAAGCCAUCGCCAUACUAUCACCAUACCCUAAUAUCCGUCCUCGAUGACUUGUCGAAGCGGCUCUCCGAAGCUCCCAAAGAAGCGUCUUCGUCAUGGAUCUCGCGGCCGAAUAUGGACAAAGUCUCCGGAUCGCUCUGGGAGAAGGUUGCCAACUUUGUCGCGGGCGAUGAAAAUGACGGCGCCUCCACUGGGUCCGGAGGGAAGAAUGAAGUGGGUCCGUUCGCACGAAUUGCGGGUGAUACUCCGGCGGUCAGUCGAAGUGCUUCACACACCGACCUUUACGGUGCCGCAUAUGGGAACAAUGGAGCUCCGCUGCAGCCUUCGACGAGCUUUAAUGCCAAAUAUGCUCCUGGAAAUGCCACGGCUCGCUCUUCCAUGGAGAGUGCGAAAGGGCAGUAUCGACCACAUAGCGCUGCACCAUUCCAGGCCGCUCGAACCUCAGCCGAGUCGCCGCCAGGCCCCUAUAUGCCGAGAGCUGGCUCGGAAUCUCCAACUAUGCACCAUCAUCUCCCCGGCCAGUCGCAGCAGACAUCGUCUUAUGCGCCCGUCUCCGCACCUUCUCAAACCAACGGCACAAGCUACCGACCACAGUCAUCCGGCUACCGACCACAGUCCUCAGGCUACACGCCUCAAACCUAUGCACCCUCGCCUCCGGUGGAAACGAGUGUGGCAGAGGAUCUGAGCGUUCAGCCUCCGACACUUCAGCAAGCACGGUCAUUCGAAUCGCACGCAUAUGUUCCGUCCGUGGUCCUAGAGGAACCCACUACCGCGGCAUCGUUCGAGGGUCCGCCCUCUCGAGUGGAACUAUCCGGACCCCCAACUCUGGACCUCCAGGAGGAUGUCGAGGGACCUGCGGAGACGUUUGGCGGCGGUUACGAACCCCCGAGUUACGAACCUCCCACCAGCUCGUACGAGCCGCCCACCUAUCAACCAUACGAGCCCGAACCUGAGACGCAGAAAGAGGAAGUAGAGGAGAAGGCCAAACCCAAAAAGAAAGGAGUCAUGUAUGCUGAUGAGGAAGAUGACGAUGACCUUGCUCGCCGGGCAGCGGAGCUCAAAAACCAGCAGCGUUCUCAAGCCGACGACCAGGCAGAUGAAGCAUUCCGAAAAGCUGCCGAAGCUGACGCCAAGAAAGCCGCUGGAAAACAAAAAUCGGGCUGGUCCCUCUGGCCGUUCAAAAAGGACCCCAACCGCGCCGACCUCGGCGAAAAGCUCUCCCUCGUCUGGGACCCCGAGCUCAAGCGUUACGUGGAUAAGUCCAACCCGUCCGCCACUCCCGCCCCAGCCACAUCUUCCACACCGCCUCCACCUCGAGGUUUAGCUCCCCCUUCCCGAGCAGCCAGCGGCUCCAGUCUAGCUCCUCCCCCAAGCGGGACGCCGCCCCCAGGUGGCGCGCCGGGGAUGGCGCGCAGCGUCAGUUCCGGAGCUCCACCGACGAGCCAUCCGAGUACAUUGCCCGGUCCGCCGGUGAGCGCAUCCGGCCCGCCGUCGCGCACAGGAACCCCGGCAGGAGGUCCUCCCGGCGGGAAGUUGCUGGGCGGUCCUCCCAGCCGGCCGCCGACGAGAUUGAGCGAAGCGAGCUCGAUCGAUGACCUGCUUGGGGCGGCGGGGGCAAGAAAAGGGGGAACGGUGAGGGGGAAGAAGAGGGGGGGCCGAUAUGUGGAUGUGAUGGGCGCCAAUACUAAGUAA